GUUAGCAAUACAACAAAUAGAGACAAUGGUUCUCCUUAGAGAGCACAUGAUAUGCACUCAGUCAUUAGCUAUGAAAAAAAAAACAUUUGCGCUUCUUCGACUUAUCCGAAACCUAACGAGAGAGAGAGAGAGAGAGAGGAUGCUGCUUCAGGCGGUCCAAAACCGCAAUGUUCCACUGGCUUCCUCCGCCUCGUAUUCCGGUCUCCCUCGCUGCAGAUCUCCUGCCAUCUCCGUAGCUCUGUCGAAGAAGACGGCAGCAAUCGUGUGUUCCAUCUCCCAGGUUUAUGGCUACGGCACGGUGGAUUACGAGAGAAGGCCGAUUAUCCAGUGGAAUGCCAUCUACAAGAAGAUAUCUCUGAUGGAGAAGCCGGAGCUCGGCGCUGGUUCCGUCUUGAAUCAGUGGGAGAAAGGAGGCCGCAAGCUUACCAAGUGGGAGCUCUGUCGGGUCGUCAAGGAGCUUCGCAAAUACAAGCGUCCCAACCAAGCUCUUGAGGUGUACGACUGGAUGAACAACAGAGGCGAAAGGUUUCGAUUGUCUGCAAGUGAUGCUGCAAUCCAGCUUGACCUAAUCGGAAAAGUGCGUGGCAUUUCAGACGCCGAAGAGUUCUUCCUCACGCUCCCUGAGAACUUCAAGGACCGGAGAGUUUAUGGUUCCCUCCUCAAUGCCUAUGUGAGGGCCAAGUCUAGAGAAAAAGCUGAAUCCCUGCUCAGCACCAUGAGGGAGAAAGGAUACGCCCUGCACCCGCUUCCCUUCAACGUCAUGAUGACUCUCUACAUGAACCUUAGGGAGUUCGACAAAGUCGACGCCAUGGUCUUCGAGAUGAAGCAGAAAGAUAUACGUCUCGACAUUUACUCCUACAACAUCUGGCUCUCCUCCUGCGGCUCCCUAGGAUCUGUUGAGAAAAUGGAACUAGUGUACCAGCAGAUGAAAUCAGAUGUUGCUAUUAAUCCCAACUGGACCACUUUUAGCACUAUGGCCACCAUGUACAUUAAGAUGGGCGAAACUGAGAAAGCCGAAGAUGCACUGAGGAAGGUUGAAGCAAGGAUUACUGGUCGUAAUCGCAUUCCAUAUCACUACCUCUUGAGUUUGUACGGCAGCGUUGGUAACAAGAAAGAGCUGUACCGGGUCUGGCACGUCUACAAAUCUGUUGCCCCGAGCGUUCCCAAUUUGGGUUACCAUGCUUUGGUCUCGUCGCUGGUGAGAAUGGGAGAUAUUGAAGGGGCCGAGAAGGUAUACGAGGAAUGGCUUCCAGUCAAGUCUUCUUAUGACCCCAGGAUACCAAAUCUUCUCAUGAAUGCGUAUGUCAAAAACGACCAACUAGAGAAAGCUGAGGGGUUGUUCGACCACAUGGUUGAAAUGGGAGGAAAACCGAGUUCAAGUACGUGGGAGAUCCUAGCUGAUGGUCAUACCAGAAAGAGGUGUAUUCCAGAGGCUUUGACUUGUCUGAGAAAAGCUUUUUCUGCUGAAGGGUCCAGCAAUUGGAGGCCUAAGGUGUUGAUGCUGUCGGGCUUCUUUAAGCUCUGUGAAGAGGAAUCGGCUGUUACUAGUAAAGAGGCCGUUUUGGAAUUGUUGAGGCAGUCCGGGCAUCUUCAAGACAAAUCAUACCAAGCUCUUAUUGAUGUGGUGGACGAAAACAACAGUGAAAACGAUUCCCAUGACCAUGAGAGUGACGUGCUUCUAACGCAGCUACAAGAUGAUUUGUAAUCAAAUAUAGUCACCUAGAUCUUGCUUUAAAAGACGAAUCUUUUUGUAACCGGAAUCAACUGCCUAGUGAAACAUGAAUGUUCGUAAGA